AUGACACUAUCACGCUCAUCCCGCCAGGCGAUGCUCCUGGGUCGCCAAUUCGGCCGCCAGAGCUCCCGCUCGCAAAUAUCCUCACAGAAACGAGCUGUCGCAAACCUCACUCCGCCGCACCACGCCAAUGCCAUCUCACGGAUUCAGACCGCCGUUGAUCCGUCCUCAGACGAGUUCAAGGAGAAUGAGAGGCAGAUGGGCGAGGUCAUGAGCCGCAUGCAGGAGCUCGCCCGUAAGAUCCAGAAGGGAGGAUCUGAGAAGGCCAGGCAGAAGCAUAUUGCACGCAAGAAGAUGCUCCCCAGGGAUCGUGUAACGGCAUUGAUCGACCCUGGAACCACAUUCCUUGAGCUUUCUCCCAUGGCAGGCCAUGAGCUCUAUCCAGAGGCCGAAGUGCCCGCAGGUGGUAUCAUCACUGGUGUGGGCACUGUCGAGGGCGUGACAUGCGUUAUUGUUGCCAAUGACAGCACCGUCAAGGGCGGUACAUACUAUCCUAUUACAGUCAAGAAGCAUUUGAGAGCACAGGCUGUCGCAAGAGAAAACAAACUACCAUGUAUCUAUCUCGUCGACAGCGGUGGUGCCAACCUCCCCCAUCAAGCCGACGUCUUCCCCGAUCAGAACCACUUUGGUCGCAUCUUCUAUAACCAAGCACGCAUGAGCGCAGAGGGUAUCCCCCAGAUCGCUGUGGUCAUGGGUCCCUGCACGGCUGGUGGUGCCUACGUCCCAGCCAUGAGUGACGAGAGCAUCAUUGUCCAGGAGCAAGGUCACAUUUUCCUUGCUGGCCCUCCUCUGGUCAAGGCCGCGACAGGAGAGGUUGUCAGCCAUGAGGAUCUGGGAGGUGGCAAGAUGCAUUCUUCCGUGUCUGGUGUAACAGAUUACCUGGCUGUGGACGAUGCCCACGCUGUGGUGUUGGCUCGACGCUGCAUCAGCAACCUCAACUGGCCCAAAAAGUCACCAAUGACUCAAGCCCCCAAGCCGACCUUCUCAGAACCUCUUCACAGCCCCGAGGAACUUCUUGGCAUUGCCACCACCAAUCUGCGAAAACCUCUCCCCAUCCGUGAGGUCAUUGCUCGCGUUGUGGAUGGCUCCGAGUUCUCCGAGUUCAAGCACGACUUUGGAACCACUCUCGUGACUGGCUUCGCCGAGAUUUACGGUCACAAGGUGGGCAUCGUGGCCAACGACGGUAUCCUCUUCGCUUCCUCGGCAGUCAAGGGCGCACACUUUAUCGAGCUCUGCUCUCAGCGCGGUAUUCCGCUGGUGUUCCUUCAGAACAUCUCCGGCUUCAUGGUGGGCUCGCAGUCUGAGCGUGAUGGUAUCGCCAAACACGGUGCCAAGCUCGUCACAGCUGUUGCGUGCGCGGACGUGCCCAAGUUCACCGUCGUCGUGGGCGGCAGCUACGGUGCUGGUAACUACGGAAUGUGUGGACGAGCUUACAGCCCACGGUUCUUGUGGAUGUGGCCUAAUGCCAAGGUCGGUGUUAUGGGUAGCGAGCAGUUGGCUGCUGUGAUGGAGACAGUUGGAAAGACAGUCGACGCUGGUUUGAAGGAGCGUAUUGAGAAGGAGAGUGAUGCUACGUUCUCUUCCGCACGAUUAUGGGACGAUGGUAUUAUUCCUCCCCAACAUACGAGACGAUACCUGGGUCUGGGUCUACAGGCUGCUAUGGGAGGUAGAAAUGAGGUCAAGGCCGGUGAUACCAAGUUUGGCGUCUUCCGAAUGUGA